CCCAGCAUGACUCGAGCCAGCCCGUGGGCGGUGUGGGCGUGUGUGUGGGUGAUGACCACCACCCUGGCCGCCCAGGUCCAGGGCCAGGCCCUAAAGGGUGACCCCGGGGAGCCUGGUGACCUCGGGGUGGACCUGUCCCGCUACGGGGCGACGCGGGAAGGCAGGUCGAGGGCCAAGAGGUACUACCUCACCCUACCCUACCCAACUACACUCAUUAUGAACAACAAGAUCAAGAUACCCGUCUUCAGCAAGUUUAAAAAUAACAUUUCUGGAGCGUUCAAGGGGUUCGUGCGCGUGGUGUACACACUGCCCAGCGACAUAGUGUCAGCGGGCAGGAGCAACAUUGACAGCGACCGCCUCAUGGCUUAUAAUUCCAUCGAAUCUAUAUUUUCCAAUCUCGGCAUCAACGGAAGAGAGUGCUUACUGAAGGCCAUUUGCGAAGUGGCUGAAGAACCAGUUGACUAUUACGGCAUCGUUGGGGAGCUGCUUGCCCUCAUUCUGUCGCCCAGCCACGGCCUGACCACGGCCCAGGAGGAGCUGAAGGAGCACUGUGAGGCUGAGCGCUACGGCAGGAGUGCGGGCAACUGUAACCUCGCCUACUCCUCCUGCCCCUUCAACCUGCCAGACCUCCUCACCUCAGGACUCUCACUCCUCGAUGGCUCUCUCUCCGGAUUUUCCAAGCUCUGAGGUAUCCUAGGCUGCUGAACGACUUUCACUCAGGGCUCGAACCAAGGUCCUCUGCUCUGAAAAAGUUUAUACGGCCCAUUCUCAUGUCAGGCUUGUCCAAGCGGUGACAGACCCCAAAAAUGCAUUUUAUCGUUCUAUUGGAUGAAUGUUAUCCAAAAUUAUUGUGUAUUUAUCUUUGCAAUACUGUUAUUGCUACUUGAUAUGUAACUGAAAGCACUAUUCCCAACAAAGACAAUAUUUCAAGUAAGAAAAUGACGAAUAAACGGAAGUAUAUGUAAAACGAAGUCAAAUUACACUAUAGAAUGAAAAAGCAGUGUAAAGGAUGCAGGAGUAAUCUGUUGUUGUUUUGUUUAGAUUCGCUACUAGGAACAAAAAGUUCCAAGUUGCACGGGCUAUGGUGAGCCCGUAGUUAUAGGAGUAAUAUCGGAAGAUCUUACUAACAAAUUCCAUAUAUAGGCAAAACAACACCAUCCCUUUCAAGAAGCUUAACAAUGCACAAGCAACAAGGCAAUUAAGGAACAUGUAGUCUCUACACAUAACUAGACCAUCACCAGAGAUGGUCUGGUGAUGAACCCGUCUGUGGUGUUGGAAGAGAUGAUUACUAUGGAACCGCCUACCCGCCGUUCCUUAGGUUUAUAACGCUGUAGGUAACAAAGCAUCUCCUGUUUUCUGUCCUGUAUUAUAGCUUUAAGUUGCUGUUCCUUCUGUGUGUUACAGUAUGGCUUGUUGAGCUUAAACCUGUUGGCCUUGUAUGUGUUGCAGUGUGGCUUGAGCAUACAGCUGUUGUAUGCGUUACAUCUGUCAUUUUAAAGAAGUGGUCUGUUGUGUAAAAUAUAAUCUUUAUUAUCGAUCAAAGUGAGAGAUUAAUCGCCUUCUUACCAAAUGUAAACUGUGUCAACAAAAUUAUUCGCACACCCUCCGUCACUAUGUGAUGGAGUGCGAAAAGAUACGUGAAUUCAGAGACAAUUCUAUA